GUCAUGGCGAUUUUUUCGUCGGCAGGAUGGCCAACAUGGGGAGCGACUGGUUUUACAUCGCGUGGUGCGCGCUCAGCUUGGUCUUGGCGCUCGUGUGUGAUUUGGAAGCUCUCCUUCACGACCCUGCAACUUACGGCAAGGUGGACCCGAUCGUGAACUGGCCGCCACCCGUCGUCGUCCGCGCGCUGCACCAGUGGGGCACCGACUUUGACCCGCUCUUGCAAGCCCGCCCUUUGUGGUUCAAGGUGUGCUUUGUCAUGGAAAUGACGCUCCAAGUCCCGUACUACAUCCUGGCCAUCUAUGGUUUCAUCCACCGUUGUGAAUGGCUUCGCGUCCCAACGCUGGUCUACGCCGCGCAGUCGGUCACCGUCAUGGUGAUUGUGCUGACGGAGCAAUUCGUCGGCGAAUUCAAAACGUCUGCGCCCCUUGUCAUUCUCGCGUCGUACGUGCCGUUCGCCAUCGUGCCCAUCUUCUUUCUUGUCCGAGCCAGUGGCGCGACCAUGUUUGGCGAGACAAAGACCAAGCGCGCGUAGACGCGCCAUGUGGAGGUUGCAUUGCGUAAUAAAGCAUGGGUUGAGAAGCGGUCGUAUCAUCCUCUUCCCCGCACAGCCACUCGACCAUGGCGCACGACUUCUUAUAUGUGUGGUCUCGGCG